UCAGAGAUACCUGGUUCUCCUUUGGCGCGCUCCAGGAAAACAUGUUUGCAGAUAGGCGACGGCUGCUGCUGUAGCGAGCUGUGCUGAGCAUCUGUGCCUUUAAAGUCUCGUAAGUGCGCCUCUGUCAGACCCCGCAGUCAACUUCCCUCAACUCCGACGCGCUCGGCGAGUAGAGUAGAGCUACCUUAACCAUAAAGGCAUUGGCUCACCUUCACAGCUAGACCCAUGGAAUACUAACUAUGGAAUAUCUCUGGAUACUGGUGUCUGUGUUUUUACAGCUAACCUUCCAUCCAGGCAACACCAAGCCCACCAUCAUCCCAGUUGAGCCCCACCUCGUUGUUCCACUCAACAAGCCCUUUGACCUGCGUUGCCAGAGUGACAACAGGACACAGUGGAAAAGGGAGGACAGGACCAAGCCGCUGCCAGCAAAAACGAUUGAUGGGAUGCGGACCUUGCAGUUCCCCAAGGCUCAACCUCAUCACAUGGGCCGCUACAUCUGCCUGGAAGAGAGCUCCAAGGAGCAAGCCUCCAUCUACGUCUAUGUGAAGGAUCCUGACAAUCCUUUCAGAAAAUCGAUGGUGUUCAGUAUUCUUACUCGUGAAGGAGACACUGCUUCCAUCCCCUGCCUGGCAACUGAUCCAAGUCUGGAUAAUCUGCGCCUGGAAACAUGCACUGGUAGAACACUCAUCCCUGGUCUCCAGUUUUCUGCAAGCCUGGAGCAAGGCAUCAUUAUCCACAAUGUACAGAAGGCCUACGAUGGUUGCUAUGCGUGCACAGGAACACUGCUGGGAAAAAAUGUCAGCUCACGUAACUACGAGCUAACAGUGAGACCAGUACCUGUUGACCCUCCUGUCAUUGAGAUGCAGCAGUCCAGAAGACUGAUUCUUACCCGCAAUGAGAGUCUCUCGCUCACCUGCAACACCACCAAUGUCAACGCAGAGAUCAGCUUGAAGUGGGUCACGCCACCUGGCUCGGGUGCCGUCUGGUAUCCACAGCAACCAGCAAAGGUUGAUGGCGCUUCACGCAUCCUGAUGGAGCGCUUCACUCACACGCGCAGCGCCACGUUACACAUCGCAGCAGUACGGCCACAGGAUGCUGGGAGUUACAAAUGCGAAGCUAGAAAUGAAAAAGGGACCAGCACAAAGUCGGUGUGGCUUGAUGUUUAUGAAAGAGGAUUCAUCAGCUUAAAACCCACAAACAACAGAACCAUCCAUGUCCGUUCAGGCGAGAGCUUGUCUCUCAAAGUUAGCAUGGAAGCAUACCCGAAGCCUACCAUCUCCUGGAGCUUCAUGGGCCAAAAGCUGAAAAACACAAGCGACCAUGUCAUCAGCACGCAGAGUAAUGAAUACAGUUACAGCAGUGAACUGAGGCUGGUGCGGCUGAAAAUGUCAGAGGGCGGUGUUUACACCUUUCAAGCCUCCAAUGGUGACGCAGCAGUUAAUCAGACAUUCACCGUCUUUGUGAUCAGUAAACCGGAGAUUAAAUCUCAAGAGGGCCCAGUAGAUGGACAGGUACGAUGUGUGGCUGAAGGAUUCCCUGCCCCCCAGAUCAAAUGGUACUACUGUGAGCAGCUGUUUGUUAGGUGCUCCCAGCAGAUGAAUGCCACCCAAGAGGAGCGCAAUGUCAUCACCGUCACAUUGUACAGCCCCACUUUUGGGAAAACAGAGGUGGAGAGUCGGGUGAACGUCAGUAAGGGACGGUUCAAUACUCUGGAAUGUGUGGCUACAGUGGAGGGAGAACAAGCCUUCACUCUCUUUUCCAUUAGUGAGCGAAAAGUUCCCCAUGAUCUGUUCACACCUCUGUUGAUUGGCUCUGUAUCAGCAGCAGGCAUCCUCUGCCUCAUCCUCAUCAUGCUGUUCUACAAGUACAUGCAGAAACCCAAAUACCAGAUUCAGUGGAAAGUUAUUGAAGGAAUCCACGGGAACAACUAUGUGUACAUUGAUCCCACACAGCUGCCAUACGACCACCAAUGGGAGUUUCCACGAAACAACUUGCGUUUUGGAAAGACUCUGGGAUCUGGUGCAUUUGGAAAAGUGGUGGAAGCCACCGCAUAUGGACUCUCCAAAGCAGAUUCAGUCAUGACAGUGGCAGUGAAAAUGCUCAAAUCAACUGCUCAUGCCACAGAGAAAGAGGCACUGAUGUCAGAGCUGAAAGUCCUCAGUUACUUGGGAAACCACAUGAACAUUGUCAACCUGCUGGGAGCCUGCACUGUUGGAGGCCCUACGCUAGUGAUCACAGAGUACUGCUGCUUUGGAGACCUUCUUAACUUUCUCCGCAGAAAGAGAGAAUCCUACAUCUGUUUCAAGCUUGAAGAGGACUACUACUACCGCAACGUCACGCAACAGAGAGACGCAGAAGGUGACAGAUUGAACGGCUACAUGACCAUGAGUCCUUCUGUUGCUGGCAACCCUCCGUCCAGCUCAUCCUCUGAGAGGAGACGCUUACUACGCAAAGGUGGCUCCACCAUUGAAGCAAAUGAAGAAGGCGAAAUGUUUGAUGAGGAUGAUUUGUCUCUAGAAUCUGAGGAUCUUAUAAGCUUCUCUUACCAAGUGGCCAAAGGCAUGGAGUUUUUAGCUUCCAAGAAUUGCAUUCACAGAGACCUCGCUGCCAGAAAUGUCCUACUGACUCAAGGAAGAGUGGCAAAAAUCUGUGAUUUUGGCCUUGCCAGAGACAUCACCACAGACUCCAACUAUGUGGUCAAAGGCAAUGCUCGUCUCCCAGUGAAGUGGAUGUCCCCAGAAAGCAUCUUUGAGUGUGUGUACACGUUUGAGAGUGACGUGUGGUCCUAUGGCAUCUUGCUUUGGGAAAUCUUCUCACUUGGAAACAGUCCUUAUCCUGGUAUGCCUGUGGAUGCCAAGUUCUACAAACUGAUAAAGGAAGGAUACAGAAUGGAUGCUCCAGAGUUUGCACCCUGUGAAAUGUAUCAGAUUAUGAGGUCCUGCUGGGAUGCUGACCCCUUCAACAGACCCCCCUUCAGGAAAGUCGUAGAGAAGAUUGAGCAACGGUUGUCAGAUGCCACUAAGCAUAUUUAUCUAAACUUCAGCUCUAGGCUCCCUGUGACGCCCAGAACAAGGGAGGAACCCACUUCUCAGAGCACAGCGAUCCAUAGUCUCAACUCUGUCAGCAGGAACAGCGCUCCGACACAACCCUUACUGGUGCAGCACGAGGUCUUCUUGGAGGGGACAACCCUCAGAGCCCAGUGGGUGUAAGGACCCGCCUAAUAUAUUUGGCUGUCUCAUAAAGUGCCUGUCAUGUUCCGCCACAAACCAUCCAACCACUUUAUCCUUCCAGCGCCCCGGUAUCAGAAGCAGUUGUUGUCAUGUUGCAGAAGGAAUGAUAAUUGCCAUUUCAUAACCGAAAGAACUGCAGAGGACAAAUGGUUUUUAUCUUUGCUAUCACUGUUCUUGCUGACUAAGUACAGGGAGUACACUUGGACUAUUGCUUCCCUGCUCAUAGUGAAGAACUGUUGAAGCACCAAGGAGGGCGGAGGGACAUCAACCGUUAUAAAAUACAUUAUUACACUGUUAUCUGUUUUGUUACUUUUUUUCAGUUACAUGCUCUGACACAUUUCAUAAACGUUUUUUUUUUUUUGUUUUUUUUUGUAUGUUUGUUUUUGUUUGUUUUCUCUUUUUUGUUUGUUUGUUUGUUUAUGGCAGUCCAUAUAUAACUGUUUUUGCUGUCUAUCAGAGUUCUAUUUCUUUUUACAUUUUGUGUUUUUGUUAUUCUUUGUUGUUUUUUGUCAUGGAAAUUUAAGUCGCAUUUUAUUUUCGGUUGGCUGUUGCAGAUGUUGGGAGGGAAAGAGAAAAAAAAGCACUUGAGGCACUUAAAUCUUUACAUCACUCAACACACCAUGUUAUACUUUUUUUUUAUUGCUCUUAUUGUCAGUAUUAUUUCCAACUGCUCCGAUCUAUGCUAUAUGAAGAAGAUACUUUUGGGGGGCCAAUUUGAUUAAUUGAUUAAGAGAUAUGUUUCUGCUCUUUUUUAUAUCAGAUGUCAUAGCCUAGAGGGCAAAUAACUGGACCUUACUAACACAUACCAUGACUCAGUGCAUGAUCUCUCACACACACACACUCACACACAGUUAUAUUUAUAGGUGUGGUAUAGAUACAGUAGACACAGUAUGGUACGCUUGCUUUUCAUUUAUAUGCUUGUUGAUAAGUAUAUGUAAAAGAUCAGGUGUGAGAUCACAGUCUUGACAAAGCUGACAAUCCGUGAUUCCUGCUCUUCGUGCUAUUCAUCUUAGCUUUGUCACAUAAGCAGGUCAUUUCUAACUUUUGGACUGCGAGAGAGAAAUGAAGAGGUUUCUUGUAAAGGUGUAUAUAACUGUUCAGGUUGACAUGGUUUUUCUCCUGCCACCUCCACUAUAUUUGUUUACAAGCAUGAAAUAGGUACUGCCACUUCUAAGAUGACUUUUCUCUGCUUUCCACCCUCUCUCUCUUCAUGAAGGACCAAGAAGCUGUUUUUGCUGACAGGCACUUGUGUUUUUACUCCCUUAUGUUAGAGCUGUAGUUCUUUAUAGUACAAAAUGUUAUCAUGAAUUAAGUCAAGGCAAUGCUAAUGUGAUAUGCCAUUAAGUGGACUGCAGUGUUCCCUGAGGUGACAAGCCAGAGGAAAACAGAGGGUCUUCAAGGCUUUCUGUUCAGAUGUUGACACUAAGCAUAGAUCUUAGUGUGUCGGUCAUUUCAUUGUUCUCCGGCCAGUAGCUGGUUUCCUAGCAGUCCCUCUUUGUAUCCAGCUGCUUCCUCUAUCAGAAGUGGGACUUUCUGCACCUCUUAGCCAGUAGUCCAGACCUCUUCCCACUGGUGGAUGUUGUUCUGAGGAGUACAAGGAAAGUGUCCUGUUUGUUUGUAUGAACAUGUGUGCUUGGCUGUGUGUGUGUGUGUGUGUGUGUAUGAGUGAGCAUGCAAGUCCACUUUAAUGUGUAUGACUGUAUGUAGUUAGAAGAAUUACUGUCAAGAGGUGCCACUACUAAAGAUUCAUUGUCAUUUAGGCUACUUAAACCCUACAGUCUUACUGCUCUUUUCAUUUUGUAAAUACAAAUGUGCGUAUAUUGUAAAGUAAUGUCAGCUCUUUUAAAGGUGUCUAUCCCACUGAAGUUAUGGUACAAUGAUGUAGAAUUUUAAUAUGCUGUAUUUUCUUAUGUGUGCACAGGUAUCCUACUGUAGAUUCAACUGGAAAGCUGCUUCUGUCUCUUGUCACCAUGUUAACUUUAACAACAACAACACAAAAGAAAAGGAGAUUACUCUUGAUAAACAUAAUAUUUAGGCUAAAUAAUCAUUUCAACCAGUUUUACCCGUUCACUUAGUAACUUUUAAUUGUCAGAUGUGAGCGUCAGUGUUUAAGGCCAUUUCAAGCAACAUGAUACCACAAAAUUUACAUCUUGGAAGGAGAUUUCUCCAAAUAAUAGAGAUUAUUUUUCAUUUAAUUUCUCCAAAAUAUAUAAGAUUUAAUGCAUUUUGCUGCAUAUUUAUUGAAAGCUUUAGACCUAUUGUGUAAAUCUGAUGUGUUGGUAUUAAAUGUGUCAAUGUAAAUAAAAUUGUGCAUAUUGAAUUCCAAA